CGAGCGAGCGGAGGCGCCGAGGAGCCGAUUCACUCGCUGGGGAGACCUAUGGGCCGAAGCCGUGUAAAUGCGUUUUAAGCAGGGGCCUCGGCUCCGCAGCUGCCACUCCUCGGGGUGUUGCACAGGUUUCGAGGUCACCGGCGACCCCCCCUAGCAGCGCGCCUGGCUCUGGCCCCCGCGAAGGAGCACGGGGCUUGUGUAUUGCAUACUUUCUAAGGCGGCCGGAGGCAGCGGCAACUCCAUCUAGCCCAUCGGGUCCUCCCCCUCGGCAUGGCUGGCUACCUGAGAGAAACGGACUUUGUGAUGGUGGAGGAGGGUUUCAGCACCCGAGACCUGCUGGAGGAGCUCACUCGGGGGGCCUCACAGGCCACCACGGGAGAGGUCGCUGCCUUCUUCGUGGCCGACCUGGGUGCCGUGGUGAGGAAGCACUUCUGCUUUCUGAAGUGCCUGCCUCGAGUCCGAUCCUUUUACGCUGUCAAGUGCAACAGCAGCCCGGGCGUGCUGAAGGUCCUGGCCGAGCUGGGGCUGGGCUUCAGCUGUGCCAACAAGGCAGAGAUGGAGUUGGUCCAGCAUAUUGGUGUCCCUUCCAGUAGGAUCAUCUAUGCCAAUCCCUGUAAGCAAAUUGCACACAUCAAGUAUGCUGCCAAGCACGGGGUCCGGCUGCUGAGCUUUGACAACGAGAUGGAGCUGGCAAAGGUGGUGAAAAGCCACCCCAGUGCCAAGAUGGUUCUGUGCGUUGCCACCGAGGACUCCCACUCUCUGAGCCGCCUGAGCCUCAAGUUCGGAGCGUCGCUGAAAUCUUGCCGACACCUGCUUGAGAAUGCCAAGAAGGACCAUGUAGAGGUGGUAGGUGUGAGUUUUCACAUUGGCAGUGGCUGUCCUGACCCUCAGGCCUACGCUCAGUCCAUUGCGGAUGCCCGGGUUGUGUUCGAAAUGGGUGCUGAGCUGGGCCACAGGAUGCAUAUCCUGGACCUCGGUGGCAGCUUCCCCGGAGUGGAGGACGCCAAAGUGAGAUUCGAGGAGAUUGCUUCUGUGAUCAACUCAGCCUUGGACCUGUACUUCCCGGAGGGCUGCGGUGUGGACAUCCUUGCCAAGCUGGGGCGCUACUACGUGACCUCGGCCUUCACCUUGGCAGUCAGCAUCAUCGCCAAGAAGGAGGUUCUUCUGGAUCAGCCAGGCAGGGAGGAGGAAACCAGUUCCUCCCCCAAGAGUGUCGUGUACCACCUUGGCGAGGGCGUGUAUGGAGUCUUCAACUCAGUCCUGUUUGACAGCGCCUGCCCUGCCCCCAUCCUGCAGAAGAAACCAUCCACGGAACAGCCCCUGUACAGCAGCAGCCUGUGGGGCCCGGCGGCCAGUGGCUGUGACUGCGUAGCUGAGGGCUUGUGGCUGCCGCAACUACACGUAGGGGACUGGCUGGUCUUUGAGAACAUGGGCGCCUACACCGUGGGCGUGGGUUCCCUCCUCAAGGGUGCCCAGACCUGCCGCAUCACCUAUGCCAUGUCCCGGGUGGCCUGGGAAGCCCUGCAAGGGCAGCUGAUGCCUGCAGAACAGGACGAGGACGCCGAGGGCAUGUGCAAGCCUCUGUCCUGUGGCUGGGAGAUCACGGACGCCUUGUGCAUGGGCCCCGUCUUCACCCCGGCGAGCAUCAUGUGAGCGGGCCCCGUAUCCCCCCCGGAGAACCCCAGCAGGGCCCCAGAGAUGCCUCUGGGAGAGGUGGGGAAAGUGGCAAGCAGAGGCACCCUCUGGCCAGGACUCUGGUGCUCGGUCUGCCACCCCCCACGCUCCACCUGUAGUGUUUCUGCCCUGUAAAUAGGACCAGUCUUACACUCGCUGUAGUUCAAGUAUGCAACAUAAAUCCUGUCCCUUCCAGCUGUGUCUGCCUCCUCUGCAGCGCAAGGGGCCUGGUCAGCCAGGUGUGGGGGUGCUCUUGGGGGUCUCCCUUGGUCUCCUUCUCACCUUUGUAAAUAUGAAGCAAAUAAAAUAUUUAGGUUUUUUAAUACUC